AUGCCCUCUCUGGCCGCGUUCUCCGACCUGGCGAGCGAGUACGACGGCUUCAUCUUCGACCAGUUUGGUGUGAUGCACAACGGUGCGACGGCGCUCGAUGGUGCACCCGCGCUUGUGGCUCGGCUCGCAGCGGCCGGAAAGAGGCUCGGCAUCCUCUCAAAUUCAUCAAAGCGCAAGGAGUGGUCGCUCCGCGAGCUCCCCAAGCUCGGCUUCUCCGCGGACCACUUUGUGGCUGCUGCCGUGACCACGAGCGGCGAGGAGGCGUGGCACGCGCUUGGCGCCGAGUGGCGCGGCAAGGCGUGCGUGUGGCUCUCGAAGAAGGACGGUGACGGCGUGAGUGACUACCUCGACGGGACGGGAGUGGGCCUAGCCGAUGUGGAGCGGGCCGAUUUUCUGCUGGCGAGCGGAACCAACGUCGUGCGCGACGGCGCGAGCGUGCUGGCCGUUGACUGCGAGCAGAGCGGCGACGUCACGCCGUUCGAGGAUCUCUUCUCGCGUGCUAUCGCACGCGCGCUGCCGAUGAUCUGCGCCAACCCGGACUUCGUCUCGCCGCCAAAGCCCGGCAAGGCGAUGACGUACCAGCCGGGCCACAUCGCCGCGCGCUACGAGGAGCUGGGCGGGCGCGUGAUCUACUACGGCAAGCCGCACCCGCAGCAUUUUGAGGCGUGCGUCGCUGGGCUCGGCCUCCCAAAGGAGCGGGUGCUGCACAUCGGAGACUCGAUGCACCACGACGUCGCUGGCGCGGUGCGCGCGGGAGUGCCCGUCGCCUUUAUCGCCGGGGGCAUAGAGCACGAGAAGCUCGGCAUCCCUUCGGGCGAGCUGCCGAGCGCGGCGGCCCUGCGCGCGCUGUGUGAGGAGUUUUGCGCCAUUCCCACGCACACAGUCGCGCUGGCGCGGUGGGAUGCGCCGGGCUGCCUAAGGGUAUAA